CCCCCUCCAGUCGAUCUCAGUUGUCGGUGAGGCCGGCGGGGCGGAUCCCACAGAAAAUUGAAAGAGAAAAUAAAGCAACACAACUAAAGCCAAGGCUAUUUUGACUCCAGUCGAUUAUUCAACUCCCUUGUGGACAGAUUGACCAAUAAGAUGCCCUCAGCGACAAAUGGCACCAGGACUGUCAAGUCCGCCAGCCCGGAGGUGGGAUCCGCUCCUGGAUCAGCGGGCCAGAUCCUCAUCAAUAACCAGACAUCUGGAGGCCACACAGAAGCCAUGAAGCAGGUGUUGGGUAUUAUUGAGAAGAAAGUCCGCAACAUGGAGAAGAAAAAGGGCAAGCUGGAUGACUACCAGGCCAGGCAUAACAAAGGAGAGCGUCUCAACCAGGACCAGCUGGAAGCUCUUUCAAAGUAUCAAGAAGUGACUCAUAACCUGGAGUUUGCCCGGGAGCUGCUGAAGAAUUUUCUGGCAUUGGGGCAAGAUAUUCAGAAGGCGGUGAAGAAGACGAGCAGGCGGGAGCAGCUGCAGCGGGAGGAGGCCGAGCAGAAGCGCCUGAAGAAAGUUCUGGAGCUGCAGUUCCUCCUGGACCGCUUGGGGGAGGAGAGCGUGAGGCAGGAGCUGUUGCAGGGGGCAGGGGGUCCCUCACUGCUCAAUGAGGGGGACCUUACCGCUCUGGACGAGUUCUACAAGUUGGUGGGACCUGAACGUGACCAAAACAUCAGGUUGACUGACCAGUAUCAAGAGGCAUCACAGCACUUAUGGGAACUGUUGGAGGGGAAGGACAAACCUGUGGCAGGAACCACAUACAAAGCCCUUAAGGACACCCUGGAGCGGGUGAUGCAGAGUGGUUAUUUUGACACGGCACAGAACCAUCAGAACGGAGUGUGCGCGGAGGUGGAGGAGGAGGAGCAGGUGACGAUGACGGCUGUGGAGUCUUCAGAAGCGGAGGAGCAGGCUGUGGACACAGAGGGUGAGCUGGUGGAGGAGUAUGCAGAGCCGUUAGCAGUGGAGGCAACAGAGUUUGUUAACAGACAGUUCAUUCCAGAGAGCACGUACAGCAACAGCAACCAGGAGCAAAGCGAGGAGUGGAGUUCUGAAUCAGAGGCGGUGAGUUCGCUGCAACCGCCCGUUCAGACGGCCCCUUCUCCCGUGGUGUCUGAACCCCAUCCGCUGACCACGGUGACUCCCACGCCCCCCGCGGACCCCAUCCUGCGGAAGCAGGUGGUGCAGGACCUCAUGGCGCAGAUGCAGGGGCCCUACAACUUCAUGCAGGACUCUAUGCUGGAGUUUGACGGCCCACCCAUUGACCCUGCCAUUGUGUCCGCACAGCCUAUGAAGCCUGCGCAGAGCAUGGACAUGCCCCAGAUGGUUUGUCCCCCAGUUCAUCCAGACACGCGCCUUGCACAGCCCAACACUGUUUCUGUACAGCCUGAACCAACACAAGUCCCCAUGGGCGCUCCCUCACCAGAGGCCUUCUCCACACCAUCCCCCAUGUAUCAGUCUCCCCACCCUGCUGACCCACGACCACAGCCUGAAGCUAUUGACCCCAUCCAGGCCUCCAUGUCCUUGUCCACAGAGCAGCCCCCUCCCUCUGCUCUGCCCCCCGCCUCCCAGACGCAAGUGUUCCAGCCCAGCUCCAAGCCUUUGCACAGCAGUGGCAUCAACGUCAACGCCGCACCAUUCCAGUCCAUGCAGACGGUAUUCAAUCUCAACGCGCCUGUGCCUCCGGCCAAUGAGACGGACUCCCUGAAGCAGCCCAGCCAGUACCCGAACAGCUACAGCCAGGGAUUCAGCAACCAAACGCAGCACCCACUGGAGCAGCCAGAGAUGCAGCCGGACCAGCUGCAGUCUGUGGUUGGAGCUUUCCACUCUCAAGACCAAUCACUCCCCAGUGCAGGAGGCCACCAAACCAUGUCUCCGCAAUCUGCGGGACAGGGCACCGGGUUCGGCCGACCCGCCCAGUCUUUCUACAACAGCAGAGCCAUGUCACGUGGCGGGCCCAGAAACUCCCGUGGCAUGAUUAAUGGCUACAGGGGACCGUCCAACGGUUUUAGAGGCGGGUAUGAUGGUUAUCGCCCUCCCUUCUCCAACACUCCAAACUCUGGCUAUGGACAGACCCAGUUCAGUGCACCACGGGACUACUCCAACAGCAACUAUCAGAGGGAUGGCUACCAACAGAACUACAAACGUGGAGCCGGCCAGGGCUCCCGUGGCUCUGCUCGUGGCAACUCUCAAGCCAUUCGCACCUGAGGACCUGGCAGACUGACCACUCAGCCCACAUUGAACAUUCAAAAAAUUGCAUUUUAUCCCAGUUCACCCCUUUUCUUUGUUUUUUGUUUUGUUUGUUUUUAUCAUCAGUGGUAUCUUUUCUCUUCUGGCACCUCUCGAGUAAGCCUGCUUUGACGGUAUUUAAGAAAAAAAGAGAACCAUUUUAAUGAGUCUGAACACAAGCAAAGCUGAGGAUACUCAGUUUCAAUAUUUUAAGCCUGUGUUUGUAUCAAAUAUUCCUGUAAACUUGAAAGAUUUCAUUAAUUUAUUUUUUUGUAUAAAAUAAAAGCAAAAAUACCUACCACUGCUGGUCUAAACCCUGGGAGUACUUUUUCUGUCCCCCUUUUUUUUUUUUUUUUUUGUUCUUGCCCACUCGUUUUAGUUCUCAACACACUUAUUUUCUUUUUGGUACAUUUUGAAGAAGCUCCCAAUCUCAGUUUGUAAAUUGAUGUUGCUUCAGAAGUUUCAAUAAAGAUGUGUUGCAUUAA